UGCCACACAAUCGAUACCACCAAUGUCGGACAUGUGCCACAACUGUAAUCCAGACUAAGACACAAUUGUCCAUUAAGAUUUUAGAUUUUAGUUUCAUUCGAAAAUCAUGAACAUUGGACGAUGUGAUGGGUGACGGGUGACGGGUGACGGACAACAACUCUACUCAGGUACCUAUUCACUAUAUCCACCAUCUGCAUCGUCCAAACAAUUUUAUCCCCAAUAUUCAUACUCAUACAUAUGCGGACCUACACAUCCACGAGGAUACCUACCCUUCUUAGCAGCUGACCCCCCUGCGCAUCUGCAUGUGGCCUCCUUUAAAGGGAGGGCAUCUACCUAGAAUAUCAGUGAGCAUCGGUCUCAUCGUUGGCCAAUUCGAGUGGACAGCCUCUACAUACUUAUGUCAUCCUGUAUCCCCUCGAUCGACCUAUCCGUGUCCCGAUUCCAAAGACCCUGCAGGUAACAUAACACAUAUUUAAAAAGGCCUCCCAUCAUAUCAAUUUCAAUUUUGCAAUGGGCUUCGAGGCGCAAGAGCUUCCCGAUGGUUCUCCGAGUCUAAUUAAAGAUUCGUCUGGUUCAAGAUGGACUCCCUUGUUUCGGAAGAGCUGUGAGUUCGAGUCGCAAAUCUUUUUCAAAGUCAUGAUGAACUUGAUCCGCAAUCCGAAUAUCAAUUCCAGCUGGCUAUUCCGGGCCGAUAUCUUAGUCGAGAGGGAUCUAAGUCAACAAGAUGUGACUACUGACUCCGCGGUCACACAGCCGAUCAUUCUCUACUUCGAAGACAUGCACCUUGAUAAAGCUCUAGUGCGGAAGCUUAUUCCAAGAAAUACUCUAAGAGAUCAGCCUCUAGAUCAAACAUGCCUAAUUUACCAUGGUAGUGGGCCGGGGAAUGUAGAAAGGUCUAUGGUUAUUUACAAACCCCACGUCUCAUCUCCUGAUGACAUGCCAUACUACCAUCCCAAAGUGCAAGGCAUAGCAUUUCUCCACGAAUGGAGCGCUGAUGACGAGGGCUCAGUGUCUAUCCAUUACCAUUUCUUUGACGAUGGGGACCGUUUACCAAAGUUGGUGGGUACGGCUCUUAACCUGUUAUCAGUGCUCCAUAAGCAUGGCGAAGGAACUAAAAAGGGGUAUACUAAGCGAGUUCAUCACGACACCAUCAUUCCCCAGAUUUCUGUUCAGAAUACGUAUACUAGGCUGAAACAAAACUAUGCCCGCCAGCUUAUUCAAACCUGGGUCGAGGUUACAGACCCAUCCAAGCACGUGUUUGAAGACCUGAGCAUUGCGGCAUUUCUCAUCGAACUGUGGGCUCAGAUGUAUAAAGAUUCUCCGUUCCCUGGAUUUGUUGAUAUAGGAUGCGGCAAUGGUCUUCUCGUACACAUCCUUCGAAAGGAAGGAUACUCGGGAUGGGGAUUUGACGCUCGAAAACGCAAGUCGUGGGAACAGUAUUCUGAUACGAUUAGUGACGAGCCUGAGCAUCAAGAGAGUCUCCGGCAGCACGUCCUGCUUCCCUCUGUGAUUGACCAUGAUCUAAGUACGAAGUAUGGGAAUGGUGAGGUCAUCUACAAUGUAGAUAGUGCUAAUCUUAUACACGACGGUUUAUUUCCUGAAGGAACUUUUAUCAUAUCCAAUCAUGCGGAUGAGUUGACACCAUGGACACCGAUACUUGCUACUAUAUCAAACUGUCCGUUUAUCAUGAUACCAUGUUGCAGUCAUGACCUUACCGGCGCAAGAUUUCGGGCUCCCGCGCCGAAAGCGCAAAACAAAUCACCGUCGGCAUAUUCGUCACUGGUUGAAUGGAUAAAAAAUAUAGAGAAGGACUGCGGCUGGGAGGUAGAAACUGAGAUGCUGAGGAUACCAAGCACAAGAAAUACUGGCUUGAUCGGCAGAAAAAGGAGCUCGUCCUCAGCUAUAGACAUCCAACAGGUUAUAGCUAAAUAUGGCGGUACAGAAGGAUACGCAGAUAACGUGAUGAAGCUAAUAGAUAAGCCGAGAGGACACUGACGAGAUGUUAAGAAUAUAUGUAAAGAACCAAACUCAAUACAGUAAAUAAAAAUUGAAUAGAAUUGCGAUGCCUCUUUAUAAGGUAUGAAG